UCCAGAGAUGAUGCCCCGUGCGCCGCGCGGCGGCAGGACAACGCGCGGGACCACGGGCACCCUUUUGUCGGCAUGUCUUCUCUCCGCUUGUCAAGCCCUCCGGAGCUGCGGGGAGGUCCAGUGCGGCGACGGCCAGCAGUGCUGUCCGCCCAUCGUCACCGCGAACGGCAGUGCCAGCUCCACGGUGCGCUGCUGCAAGCUCCCCAUCCACAUAUUCUUCGACAACGUAGGCUGGUUUACGCGGAAGCUGUCGGGCAUCCUGAUCCUGUUACUGCUCUUUGCCAUGGGCUAUUUCAUCCAGCGGAUCAUCUGCCCGCGGCCCCGCCGGCACCCGCAGCAUGACCGCAGCGAGGAGCCCUCCCUCUUUCACGGGCACGCAUCGGCGUCCCAGGACUCCCUGCUGGACCGCUACCCCGAGUGCAGCCUCGGGGACUUCGCCUCUCCGAACCUGCCAGCCUACGACGAGGUGAAAUAUUUGCCCACGUAUGAGGAAAGCAUGCAAGAGAUGCGCAGAGACCGGUCCGAUGAUAACUUGCUGUCGGAGAACGAGAGGGGCGGUCAGGGCAGGGUAAGAGCGUCGGGACCGAGAGCCGGAGACCAGAGACGGGAUGUCCUGGAGGUGUCAGGACCGCAACACAGCCCAAGGACAUCUCGGAACUCUGUCUGA